CUGCCGUCGUCGAUCGGUUUGCAGUUCGCACAGAGUCCACUUUGCGGUGAAUGUGAAUAAGGUUCCGUUUUCAUUACAUACGCCGUCUCUAGCGUUAUAUUUUGAUAUAACCGUUGCCGUUCGUUUCGUAAGACAGCAUUCAAUUUCAUCGUAAUCCGACUAAUUCAAACCAUAUAAUAUGUCUAGAAGAACCGAUUUGGAUCUAAGCGAUGAUCAAAGAUUCGCUUUAAUGAAGUUACGAAGAAGCGUUGCUGACUUAAAAUUGGAUGAAAAAUACGACGAUUGUUUUUUACUCAGAUGGCUCGAAGCUCGAAACUUCGAUCCAAAAGAAGCAGAAGAUAUGUUGAGAACAUCAAUGAAAUGGCGAGAAGAGUGGUCGAUUAACAAGGACGAUGGCUGGCAACCACCCCAAGUGCUGGUCGACUACAUGCCGAGCGGUAUUAGCGGCUUUGACAAGGAAGGAUCGCCCGUUAUUAUUGUUCCAUUUGCCGGGUUCGACUUGUGUGGUCUGCUCAAGUCAGCCCCACCGAAAGACAUGGUCAGAUUCUUAGCACAAAAGCUUGACUCAUACAUAGAAGUGGCUAGGCAAUCGUCACUCACACACGGUCCAAAAGCAUCACAGGUGUACUGCAUAGUCGACUUGACCGACUUUAACCUGAGACAAUUCACUUGGAAACCAGCGGCCGAGAUGAUAAUCAACUUGUUGCAAAUGUACGAAGCCAAUUACCCAGAAAUAUUGAAAGCAUGUUACGCGAUUAAUGCUCCCAAAGUGUUCAGUUUUGCAUUCAACAUACUUAAAAAUAUACUCACAGGUAACACAAUGAACAAGUUCAUAAUUUACAAAGCGGACCCGAGUAAGUGGAAGCCUGCAUUGGCAAAAACCAUCGAUAGCGACCAGUACCCAGCGUUUUUUGGAGGCGAUCUGAGGGAUCCCGAUGGUGACCCCAGAUACAUCACCAAAAUAAAUCAAGGAGGAAAAGUGCCAAAAGAAUUAUAUUCAAAAAAUGACAAAAGACUUACAAAUUCUGAUGAUAUGGUACUAGUAAAUAUUAAAAAAGGCGAUAAACUAUACCUAAAAUAUACAGUUACUGUACCACAAAGUUUUCUGAGAUGGCAGUUCAAAACAGAGGGACAUGAUAUCAAAUUUGGUAUAUUAGCAACAGAUUCAGAAAAUAUUCAAACAAUAAUAAUGCCAAUAAAGAAAGUAGCAUGCCACGAGUUUGAAGAGAUUGGAGUCAUCAAAUGCAAGCAUCCAGGAGAAUAUACAGUUGUAUUUGACAACAGCUACAGUUUCAUACGUGGCAAAAAACUCGCAUACAACAUUCGAAUCACGUUGCCUGUAAAAGAAAAAACCAUCGGUACGAUUGAUCAGAUGGUGAAUAUGGAAGAAUAAGUUAUAUAAGGUCGAUGUAAGAGUAUAAUAGCAUUUAAUGACUAAUAAUAACAGUAAUUCUAAUUAUAUAAUAUAAUACCUUUAUCAAAACUAUUAGAAAUUUAAAUCAAAUUAUAUAUACUUUUAUAUAACUAAAAUUUUAAAUUGUUUAGAUACCUGUAUAAUACCUAAUGGACAAUACCUGCUCAUACUAUGCCUAGGUAUACGCUAAAAUGUAAAAUAAAUUGAUAUUUGUCAUACUAUGCUAUACAUUUAACAAUGUACAGCCAUUCAACAGUAUAAUAUGAUCGAUAAAAUAGGUACGCUGCAUAUAAAUACUAAAUGAUAAUAAAUACGGUUAAUGUCAAAAUUUGAUCAAAUUAUAUAUUUGAUGGGGCAAACAAUCGCCCAUUCCCCACAUUUAUAAAUCAAAAUUGUUAUAAUUUUUUAGGUAUGUUUUGAUUUUAAUGGGAAAUAGGGGUAAAAAUUCGAACAUAAUUUAUAUAUGUUUUAAGGUAUAAUAAUUAAAGCGUCUUUCAAUACUAAAAUAUAAAUUUAAGUACUUAAUAAAAUUUUUAAAAGCACCGUUAAUAUAUUUUUUUAAACGCCAAUGUGUUAUUGGCAGUUAUUGCUGUUCUCCAAUCAGAAAAUAUUUAAAAUAAUUUAUUUGUUUCCGUGUAAAUCAUGUUAUGCAUAACCACAUGAAUAAAUUAUUCCCAAUAAUAAUAAAAAUAAAACAAAGGACUCCUUAAACUUACCAAUUGUAUAAAUAAAUGUUGUGUAAGAUGUUAACACAGCACUAUCUAAGAGCUUUCUAUGAACUUUAGUAAUAAUUAUAAAUAAUUACUAUUUUUAUUAAUCAUGU